UUUGUGAACACUCAAACAAAAUGGCGCUCCCCAUAGAUCAGAAAGAAUAUCUGAAACGCUACAUGUCUGCAGAGCCUGACGAUUCGAGCAAGAAAAAACGCAGAAAGAAAGUGAAGACAAGUGUGAAAGUUACUCGUACCUUCACAAUUGUUGAUGAUGAUGUAGACAUCAAGGCGCUGGCCCUGACCGAACAGCAAGAUGACCUUCACAACCCUCUCAAUGAUGACGAGACUCCCCUCAUUGCCGACAUCAUCGACAAUCGACCCAAGGAAGAGGUGAUCCUGGAGCAGUAUCGGACCAGUAACAAAUGGAAGCAGAUGGGUAAAGAUAAGGAAGAGGUCUCAGAUGGUGACCAGUCUCCACCAAGACGGAGCUCAGCUGGAAGGAGAACCCGUCAUGACUCAUCAGAGUCGGAUCUUUCCCCGUCUCGUAAACCCACUUCGAGGCGACAAAGACUUGACACGGAUUCUGAUGCAUCCCCUCAAAGAAAGGCAGUUUCACGCCAUUCUUCAAACUCAGAUAUUUCCCCCAUUAGACAACGGCAGCGAAAGUCUUCAAGGAGUAAAGAUGUUCACAGAAAACAACGAAUCUCCCGUCGCUCAGCAUCAUCCGAUUUUGACUUGUCUCCAGUCAGGAAUUCAAAAUCCCGAUCAGAGCCUCCAAGAAGGAGUGAAACUACUAGGCAUGAUUCAGAUUCAGAUCUAUCCCCACCCAGACGAGGACAGGUCAGACGGGGUGAGACAAAGGGUAAUAGACCACAAGCCAAACAAACAUCAAGGAAUGAUUCAGACUCUGACCUAUCUCCACCAAGGAAGGGACAUGACAGAAGGGGUGAUACAAAGAGAGAUAGUAGAGCAAAAGCCAAGAAAUCAUCCAGGCACGAUUCUGACUCAGAUCUUUCCCCACCUAGACGAGAACAUCCAAAGCAAGAAAGUGGUCGUCAUGCCAGACAGACUCACACAAGAGGGUCCGACUCAGAUUUGUCCCCACCACGGAAAGGACAUGACAGACGGGGUAAUACACAGGGUAACAGAUCACCUGCCAGAAGACAAACGCGACAUGAUUCAGAUGAGGACCUGUCCCCACCCAGAAGAAGGCAACCUAAACAGGACGACAAAAGUAGCGGCAGCGCCAGAGGAUCUCGAACAAGAGGCUCUGACUCAGAUUUCUCGCCUGUCCGGAGAGACAAUUCAAGACAAGUUACACCUGGGGCACGCAAGAUUAAGCAAGAGCGUGAUUCGUCACCGAGGAGAAGGGAUGCUGAUGCAACGAGAAGAUUAAAGGAGGAUGGAAGAGUCGACAGACGCCCAGAGAAGACGCUUUCAGGAACCAAGGCAGGUUUGUCUGACGCCAAGUCAAUGAGACGAGAAAAUGAGGAGUCAAGACGCCGGGAUGCUGACAUGUACAAUAAGAUGGAUGAUGACGUGUCUGGAAGAAAUGCCCAAACUGUUUUCCGAGACAAGUCUGGCAAAGCAAGAGAUCUGAAAGCCGAAAAACGACAGAAGAGAGAAGACGAGGCUAAGAAAGCCCAAGAUGAUGAGAAAUUCCUGGAGUGGGGAAAAGGUGUUGCUCAGAGUGCUCAGCAAAAACAGGUCGUUCAAGAAGCUCUUCAUGAGAUGGACAAACCGCUGGCCCGUUACCGAGAUGACAACGACCUGGACGCCAUGUUGAAGGAGCAGGACCGAGACGGGGAUCCGAUGAUGGCCUUCUUGCAGAAGAAACAAUCGCAGAAACGAGCUGCUAGUGGCGUUAAGGAGAAGCCCAAAUACAAGGGUCCACCGCCGCCUCCAAAUCGCUUCAACAUCAUGCCUGGUUACCGAUGGGAUGGGGCGGACCGCUCCAAUGGCUUCGAGAAGAAAUCAAUGAUACGACAGGCAGAUAAGAAAGCAAUGAAGGAGAUUGCUUAUAAAUGGAGCAUAGAGGAUAUGUAGGGAAGAUGUUGUGAAGCUCAAAGACACUGGACACCUUUAGUAUUGUCAAAGACCUGGGCCCAAUUUCAUGGCUCUGCUAAGCACAGAA